AUGGCUGUAGCCCGCCAGGCUCCUCUGUCCAUGGGAUUCUCCAGGCGAGAAUACUGGAGUGGGUUGCCAUACCCUCCUCCAGGUGACCUUCCCCACCCAGGGAGCGAACCCGCAUCUCUUACAUCUUCGGCCUCAGCAGGCACGUUCUUUGCCACUAGCACCACCUGGGAAGCUCAUCGGAAUCAAGGGACACCUCAAAACCAGGCUCUCCCGCAGCCUUACGGGAAGGUCCCAGGCUCCUGUUCACGUAAAGUUCAGGUGGCAUUGGGGGCUGAGCCGACCGCCCCCACCCACCUCGCUUACUGGGCGUGUGGCAGACAGGGUGUGAGACACAGGGGACAAGAGUUGGAGGUGGGGUGA